AACUAAGUUGUUCAAUUCACUUGAGCAUUUGGAGAAGAAAUUGUAGCUGGGAAAUAUAUAAAAGGGUUUUGAAAUCUGUAGAUCCCUCUUGUGACUUCAGAUGUAGUUGUUUAAAAUAAAUGCAGAUGUUGGACCAUGUCAGAAAUCUUGUCAAGAGUGUGGAUUGUUUCACACAGAGUGGAGAUGUGGCUUCUCAUUCUGGUGGCGUAUUUGUUCCAAAGAAAUGUGAAUUCAGGACAUAUGCCUACUAAAGCUGUGGACCCAGAAGCAUUCAUGAAUGUUAGCGAAAUCAUCCUCCAUAAAGGCUAUCCCUGUGAGGAGUAUGAAGUUGCAACUGAAGAUGGGUAUAUCCUCUCCAUUAACAGAAUUCCUCAAGGCCUACUAUCACUUAAGAAGAAAGGUUCCAGGCCAGUGGUGCUCCUGCAGCACGGCCUGCUUGGAGAUGCCAGCAACUGGAUUUCCAACCUGCCCAACAACAGCCUGGGCUUCAUUCUGGCCGAUGCUGGUUUUGAUGUGUGGAUGGGGAACAGCAGGGGAAACACCUGGUCUCGGAAACACAAGACCCUCUCUAUAGAGCAAGAUGAGUUCUGGGCUUUCAGUUACGAUGAGAUGGCUAGGUUUGACCUUCCUGCAGUGAUAAACUUUAUUUUGCAGAAAACGGGCCAGAAAAAGAUCUAUUAUGUCGGCUAUUCACAGGGCACCACCAUGGGCUUUAUUGCAUUUUCCACGAUGCCAGAGCUGGCUCAGAAAAUCAAAAUGUAUUUUGCUUUAGCACCCAUAGCCACUGUUAAAUAUGCAAAGAGCCCUGGGACCAAAUUUUUGUUGCUGCCAGAUAUGAUGAUCAGGGGAUUGUUUGGCAAAAAAGAAUUUCUGUACCAGACCAGAUUUUUCAGACAGUUUGUUAUUUACCUUUGUGGCCAGAUGAUCCUCGAUCAAAUCUGUAGCAAUAUCAUACUACUUCUAGGAGGAUUUAACACGAACAAUAUGAACAUGAGUCGAGCAAAUGUGUAUGUCGCCCACACUCCUGCUGGGACAUCUGUGCAAAAUAUUUUACACUGGAGCCAGGCAGUGAAUUCUGGGGAACUCCGAGCAUUUGACUGGGGGAGCGAGACCAAAAAUCUGGAGAAAGGCAAUCAGCCAACACCUGUGAAAUAUAAAGUUCGAGAUAUGACAGUCCCGACAGCGAUGUGGACGGGAGGUCAGGACUGGCUUUCAAAUCCAGAAGAUGUGAAGACACUGCUCUCUGAAGUGACCAACCUCAUCUACCACAAGAACAUUCCUGAAUGGGCUCAUGUGGAUUUCAUUUGGGGGUUGGAUGCUCCUCACCGUAUGUACAAUGAGAUCAUACAUCUGAUGAAGCAGGAGGAGACCAACCUUUCCCAGGGAACUUGCAAGGUCACACUGUAAAGCCUCUGAUACUGACAAGUUUGGGGGACAAUCUUAUGGGG